UUUAUUGACGUUUCAGAUUUCAAUCUUUUCAGCACUCUAAACCAAAAUUUCAAAGUUUUAUGCCAACUCUGAAGGAGCACGACUACGGCCCAUCGCGGUCGCAUCUAAGAGAGGAGACGACUAAAAAGUGUGGUGACUUCCACGAGAUCUACUGGGUCAACGGCAGCUGCUACCGCGGCCAUUGGUGGAAGGACAAGAAGGACGGACUUGGCGAACAACGCGACGCUGACGGAUAUAGGUACUACGGCGUUUGGAGCCGCAACAAGAAACACGGCUACGGCAUCCUGAAGAAGCAGGACGCCAUUUACGACAGGUUGGACCUCUUGUACGAAGGGCAGUGGCGCAACGGCAAACAGCACGGCUUGGGCAUUGGCUUCCUGCCCAAUGGAACCUACUACGAAGGGGAAUACAGGAGUGGUGUGCGUAGCGGCUGGGGCACGAUGAUGCACAACAACGGCUGCCAAACGUCGGGCCAGUGGUUGGCGGACAGGAUGCACGGCUUCGGCACUUGGUACAACAGCAACGGAAACUACUACGUCGGCGAGUUCAGGGAUGGAAAGUUUGACGGCAGGGGCGCCUACGUCAUGCCCAACAGGGGCAAGGUGCUCGAGGGCGUGUGGACCGCCAACCAAUUCUUCAGCGGACUCAGCAUGGGUCUGAAUGAACCGCCUGCUCAACCUGGCGGUGUGGAUCUGACUGAGGAACUAAUGGAAGAAGAGAAAGGGACCGCCAAGAAAGAGAGAUAUUUCUGCUCAUAUAUUAACUAA